AUGGCGUACCCUUCGGAUCCCCGCCGUAUUGUCGUGUUUUCCCAACAACAACAACAAGAAGCACAAGCUCGAGCUCAAGCGUACUCUCAACAACGACACCGAGCGUCGCAAUACACAAGAAGAAUGCCGGCGAUAGACGAGUACGACUUGCCUCCCCGGCUGACAAGACAGCGCAAGAUAUCGCAUAGAGGGGCCGGCGGGUUAUUCGACGAUACCGACGAGAGGGGUUACCGUGACGCUCACGAGAUGCAUCAAGUACAGAGUCUACAAAAUGGGGGGCUCCAAAGCGCGAGGGGGGAAAAGGCUGCGCGGCGCGUGGCGAUGGGGAAGCCGGCAGAGUCACGAUUUGAGGGUUUUGUCGCGAAGGUUUUUAUGAGGCAGAGCAGGAAGGCGGCUGGAGUGGCAGAGGGGAAAGAGAUGGACGACGAGAGGAGUGAGACUGAGACACAGGGAAAGAGCACCGCUGAGGAAGCUGCCAUCUAUCAGCAAAAGGGAACCGCGGCGGUUGCAGCGGCUGCAGCGCCAGAUAGUCUUUUCUUACGAGAGUGCGGUAUGGUCAGGGUCCAGACGAAUGCGCCGGGGGGUUGUAUUAUUCUUCCGAGGAAUUUUGUCUAUCGCGAGGAUUUUACGUACAGGGAGGAUCGGGAUGCUGGGUGGAUUUAA